GCUGAGAAAGGAUAAAAACCACAUGCACAUGGGCGUGUCUCGAUCCACUCCACAAAAUUCAUGAUUCAUCAACGACACGACACCCAAAAUGAAGCUAGAAGAAUCGGUGUCCAACUCCAACAUCACUGCCCCGCUCCUUCCACCGGAAGAUCCGAGUCCGAGUCCGCAAAAUGGAUCAAUCUCCGGAGCGGUGUUCAACAUAACAACCACCAUGAUCGGUGCCGGAAUCAUGUCCAUUCCGGCGACCAUGAAGGUUUUAGGCAUAGUUCCGGGGUUGGUGGUGAUCGUGUUGGUGGCACUGAUAACAGAUGUGACUGUGGAGUUUAUGCUAAGGUACACAAGUUCCGGUAAAUCCUCCACUUACGCGGGCAUGAUGGCCGAGUCCUUUGGCUCCAUAGGAUCCCUCGCAGUUAAGAUUUGCGUCAUCAUAACCAAUUUGGGGGUUCUUAUCAUCUAUUUCAUUAUUCUUGGAGACGUGCUCUGUGGAAAUGAGUCGAACGGUAUCACACACUUGGGUAUUCUACAAGAAUGGUUUGGCAUCAACUGGUUGACCUCUCGUGCUUUUGCUCUUCUUUUUGUUGCACUCUUCAUAAUGCUUCCACUUGUUAUGUUACGUCGUGUUGAUUCACUGAGGUAUAGUUCUGCAAUAUCAAUCCUACUAGCAUUGGUGUUUGUUGUAAUAUGCUCGUCAAUGGCGGUUAGUGCAUUGUUGUCUGGAAAAAGUCAGACACCGAGAAUAGUGCCUGAUUUCUCUCAAGUCACUGUCCUUGACCUUUUCACCACUAUACCAGUGUUUGUCACGGGUUUCGGUUUCCAUGUCAAUGUUCAUCCUAUCAGAGCAGAGCUUAUAAAAGUUGAACACAUGGGUUUGGCUGCACGGAUUUCGUUGAUAAUUUGCGUGGCUAUUUACUUUGCUAUUGGUUUCUUUGGGUACCUUUUAUUUGGGGACUCCAUCAUGCCAGACGUGCUGGUGAACUUUGACCAAAACUCCCAUACAAGUACUGGUCGAUUACUCAAUGCCAUUGUUCGGUUAAGUUAUGCACUCCAUCUUGCACUUGUGUUCCCAAUCAUGAACUAUUCCCUGAGGGCCAACAUAGAUGAACUAAUUUUCUCAAACAAAAAUAAGCCUCCCCUUGCAUCAGACACCCCAAGAUUUGUGUCACUCACUUUGACUUUGCUAGCCCUCACAUACUUGGUCGCUGUGGCCAUCCCAAACAUAUGGUAUUUUUUUCAGUUCUUGGGAUCCACAACCAUUGUUUCCACCUCAUUCAUCUUCCCUGCUGCAAUUGUUCUAAGGGACAUGCAUGGGAUAUCAAAGACAAAAGAUCAAGUGAUGGCAAUAGUGGUGAUUGUUUUGGCUGUAGGGACAAGCGGAAUUGCUAUAUGGACGAAUUUGAAUGGUUCAGGGGAUGAUCAAUGAUUAACCAUGAUGAUGUUAUAUAAUACCCAGUCUUCUCAAACUUGGUGAUUUUUUUUAGUAAUUAUUAUCAUAUAAAAAAUCAAUCUAUCUUUUCGGUUUUCUUUAUUUUCUAUCUCAUUUUCGGUUCUCCACAUACCAAGUAGUACACGUCAAAUGACGCAUAAGCCCCUCAAGUGACGGUCAAAGUAUGAUCAGAUCAAUUAUUUGUCUCUUCUCUUUUUUCUAUUUAAAUGAUUGGUUGUUUUUGUCUGAA